CCUCAUGAGAUUGGCUACCAUGAAUUACAUGAAAUUGGCUACCCUGAACCGCACGAAAAUCACCAUCCAGAGGCAGAAGAAAUUGGCUUCCCCGAACCAGAACCAGACGAGGUUAGCUACCCCGAACACAACGACAUUGGCUACCCUGAGCCCUACGGAGAUCACUACACUGCCUCGGAUGAAGUAGGUUUCCCGGAGCCAGAAGAGGAGCCGGACGAGGAGAGCUAUCACGUGUCAAAUGCAAUGAGCUUCGGUUCGGAAGAGGAGGUUGGCUUUCCUGAACCGGACGUGGCAGGCUACUCGGGGCCGGAGGAAAUUGGCUAUCCCGAACCGAACGUUGACUACCCUGCAGCUGGCGUUGGCUUUCCGGAACCCGACGUUGGCGACACUGGCUCGGAGGACAUAGGGUCGCCAAAGGUCAGCGGCGGGAAGGGCAGGUCAGGGAAGUACCACAGGACGAGGAAAAAGAGGAGGAAGUGCCACAGACCGCCUGUCUUCGGGGCCAUCCACUCCAAGACGUGGAUCUGGGUGGGCGUGGCGCUGCUGGUGUGGCGGCGGACUGGGCUCGUACGGUGUGGAGGCGGAGGGUGGAGUGGAGUGGUGGAGGCGGUGCAUCACCCGUGCGACGUGGUGGAGCUCACCCUCAGGCUGCCGGGCUUCUCCUGUUUGCCGGGCCAGUUUGUGAUGCUUCAGUGCCCCCAAGUGUCCAAUUUCGAGUGGCAUCCCUUCACGGUGACAAAAACGCCUUCAGAGUUCUCUCCCGGGACCUUCACCGUGUUCAUGAGGGCCAGGGGGGACUGGAGCAAAAGUGUCGCCGCGCUGUUACCUUCGAAGUCUAGUCAAGUGGACGAUCCUAGUCAGAGACCUCCUUACGGGCCCCUAGCGCUGUCUAGUCGGAGGCCACACACAAAGCCAAAUGUAGUACAAGCUAGUUAUCUCUCCUCGAAGGGAGCGAACGGCAGAGGGCCUUUCUCGCCUCAGAACGGCCAGCCUCGUCUGUCUGGUCGUGCGAGGGACGAGGCCAAAGUUUACUCCUUUUUGCCGGGGGAAAACGCGAGCUUUAAUUUAUGGAGAGAGCACGGCACCUCGCAGUCGCCUGUUUAUACAGACGCGCAGGAUAAUGAGAGGUCCUGUUCGCAGUCACCGCUGAUGAAGAAUUUCUCAUCAUCCCAGUCUUGCAUAAAAGUUCAUUCUCAGUACAAUCACCUUUCCCCGGUGCUGACACAUGGGAAGCUAUCGCAAAGCCAUGCUGAUAAUCAUAUAGAUGAGCUAGAAAAUAUAUAUUCAAAUUCCAAUAAAAACACACUGCUGCAGUUGGAUAAGCAUGUACAGAAAAUACAAAUUGAAAAUGAGGAUUCACAUCAGACCGCAGAGCACCAGGUCGUCCACAUGGCCCCAGACGCCUGUGCAAGGCUGUAUGUGGACGGUCCUUUUAGUUCUCCAAGUGAAGAUAUGAUUCGGUACCCGGUGGUAGUUGGUAUCGCUGGAGGAGUCGGCAUCACGCCCUUGGCAGCAACACUUACUCAUAUACUACACCACCCAGCCUCAUGGCCGAAGAGAGUGCACAUGAUCUGGGUCAUGAGAGAUGCUCGGCUCAUCUUGACCAUGGCUCAUUUGCUUUCGAGUCUGUUGCAUCAGAGCUGGCAGGACUGCAAUGAAGACCGACUCGAGUUUUGCUUCCACGUCACCACGCCGAUUUCUCACGAGGCGCUGCAGGAAUUAUUUGGCGACCGCCAUCCCACCCUCAUCCCGAGAAUAAAACAAGGGCGCCCUCAGUGGAAGAACCUGUUUCAUCAAUACAGCCAAGCCUAUAAGAAAACCAAAGUUGGCGUGUUUGCCUGCGGACCGAAGAAACUGUGCCAGGAAGUAAAGCGACUGUGUCUUCGGUCCGUGACACAAGGAGCUCCUUUUGCCUACCACCAGGAAUCUUUCUCUUGAAUAAUAAACAUACUACAGUGUAUUCUAGCUGUUAAUGGUUAAAACAAAUAAAUGUGCUAGGUAUCAAAGGUCAUAGAGCAGUGUAGGAAAGUAUUGACGAAAUGGGCAAGAGCAAGUUAUUAAUGAAAUGUGCUAGAUGUCAAAGGUUAUACAGCACUACAGAAUAGUAUGGUGACGUAAGCCGGGAAUUAGUAAGGGGGGGGGGGUAAGGGUGGUUGGAUGAGAUGGAGGAUAUCUAUGGAUCUGAGGAAGACCAAGCUGUCAAAGGGAAAAGUGGGAUUCCAUGAAGAUGCCCCAGAUUGAUGGAUCGGAGAAAUGAGGACAAGGGGAGGUGCGGGUUGCAGUGAAGCAACUGGCCAACAAUGGACGGGACUGAAAGAGGAACGGUUAGUUAGGUUCUUAGUUACAAAGAAAAAUGAAUGUGCUGGAUAUCGAGUCAUAGCACUAUAGAAAUAUGUAGUGAAAAAGGUAGAGCGGGGGUUAGUACAUGAUUAAAUGAGCUAGCGUCAAAAGUCGUAUAGCAGUUAAGAAGAGUAUGGGAUUGAAAGGGACAAAGAGGGGUGGUCGUGUGGAUGAGUAAAUAGGGCUAAGGUCCCUUACCUUAGUCCAUUAAUUCAACAAGGAUGAUUAGGAAGCUAUCAGAGGAAGAAGUGUGGGAUUCAACAAGGAUGUCCGUCGGGUUAGCAAGAGACA